UGCGUCGUCGAUUCUUUCUCAAAUCUCAAGUCCCACAACAUUAAAUUCUCCAAAAAAAAAAAGAAGAAACCCUAGAAUUGAAAUAAAUCAAAUCCCCAGAUUUAAUUGGAUGUCGUCGGCGAUCCCCUCCGAUCAGAUGAAACAGCUGAAAGACAUCUUCAACCGGUUCGACAUGGACCGGGACGGCAGCCUGACCCACCUGGAGCUGGCGGCCCUACUCCGGUCCCUCGGCCUAAAACCCUCGGGCGAGCAGGUCCACCGGCUCCUGGCCAACAUCGACGCCAACGACAACGGCGCCGUCGAGUUCGAGGAGCUGGUGGGCGCCAUUCUGCCGGACCUGAACGAGCAGGUUUUGGUCAACCAGGAGCAGCUGAUGGAGGUCUUCCGCUCCUUCGACCGCGACGGCAACGGCUACAUCACCGCGGCGGAGCUCGCCGGACAGAUGGCCAAGAUUGGGCGGCCCCUCACCUACCGAGAGCUCAGCGACAUGAUGCGCGAAGCCGACGCCAACGGCGACGGCGUCAUCAGCUUCGCCGAAUUCGCUAAUGUAAUGGGCAGAUCCGCCGUCGAUCACCUCCACCUUUCUGUUUCCUGAUUAUCAUCAGGAGCAAACAAAAUGAGCCUAUCAGCACAUUGGUUGAAUCAAUAGGUGGUAUACCAUAUGUAGAUUGCUAUAAUAAUGUGUUGUUAUAUUAUACUCCUUUUAUAGAUAAUAUAUUUGUAUUCAUA